UACCUUCAGUUCGCUCAGUGGUGUCGUUUGAGAAUAGUUGAGUAUGUGGGCAAGUGAGCUGUGGGUUACGUGAAUUGACUUGCUUAUCCAAUGUGUCUCGGUAUGCUUUGAUAUCCUGCAAAUUUCAAAUGCAUAUGAUGAGAACAGUUCCCCCGUACAAAGUGUAGUUUGCAUUGUCAAGUAGAUGCUGAUAUCUAUAUUUUGUAAUUAAUCUCGGGAAUUGACACACUUAAGCAGUCAGCACAAAUAUAUAUAGUUGUGUACCCAAAAGCAGUGAACAGUUAUUGAGUCAGGCUUUACAAUUAUAAUUUGCGAUACAACUGGGGAGCACAAGUUGUCAUUCAAGAAGGCCUUUGCCAGUACGCCAGCGAUUCUGCUGCCCCUGGACUUUCAUAUCACGUAUCAGCCCACAGCUGCAUCACAUAUCUCUAUUAAACGGGAAUGCACAGUUAGCCAGAUGUCUACUGUUGCUCUGGAAAGGCAGUACCGGUGGAAGCCUAACCUGCAAGACCUCGGUUCACGCCUCCAACCACCUGGUUCUCUUUCUCGCCCCACCUGCAUUUUCAACUACCCAAGACCAUCCGCUAACUCCAUAUCUGCAGCACACAUAGUUGGUCCCCAAAAUCCAACUACAUCAGUUUUCUCCCACUCGUUUCAGAGCCAGUCGCCUUUACAAUCCCACACUCAGAGUUUGUAUCACCCAAGCCCGUCUGCACUGAUAUCCCGGCCCAGUUUGGUCACCCAACAUUCUGCAACACAACCUCUACAUAAACCCAGACUGGCCCUUGGGAUGCACGCUCAAGAUGCUUCGGCUGGCCUCGCCGUCGGCACUAUAGAGGACCUUGUUUCUGCAAGGAAGCUGUCAUCUGAGGCUCUCGCGCCAGAUCUUGACUACGCACUCAAUGGUUUCUCUUCCGGCCCUCGGCAGACUACCUGCAGUCUUAUUAACACUACUGCCACCACGGCUUCGUGUCGAGACGGCGAGACCAUCUACACCACCGCCAGCACUACCACUCCUGUAGCCAACUUCAGUGCCAGUGCAAAGGAAUCCACAGAAUCUUCAGAUGAAAAUCCAAGUAGCUACUGCUGUAGAGGCAGAAGCUAUGGGAAGUGCAGCAGAAGCAUCGUGACCACCAAGAACAAGGGCGGCUGCCCUCGACGGAGACUCAUCGACGAGGACGGCUACAUCAGAAGGGCAGCUUGUGUUUGUGUCAACAAGGAAGAAACUCAGGUGUUGCUGGUGUCCAGUAAAAAGGACCCGUGUGUGUGGCUUGUGCCAGGAGGAGGUCUGGAGGCCGGGGAGGACGCUGUAUCGGCAGCUAAACGGGAAGCAUGGGAGGAGGCUGGCAUCCUGGGGCACAUCGCUCGCUAUCUUGGGCUCUUUGAGUCGUUUCAUCAUUCGGGAGUCAAGAAGCACCGGACAGCCGUGUACAUCUUCAUAGUCACUGAGGAACAUGCCGAUUUUCCAGAAGCGAGUCUGGGUCGUCGGAGACAAUGGUUCAGCACAGAAGAGGCACUUCUUCACCUGGCCCGCCACCGUCCCCUUCAGAGUGCCUACUUACAGUUUUUACUAAUGUCUAAACUCAAGGUGGCAGCAGCGUCCUAGAACUGGCAAGGCUGGAGGCUGGUUGGCUGGCUGGUGGCAGGGAGGUUGUGAGCACACUUUAGUCUUUCAGUACAAAUUUAAAAUUUAAUAGAACCAGGCAGUCAGUCUCUUUAUUCAUGCACAGUACAGUACUGUAUAUAGUUUAUAAUAUUUAUGAAUUAGAUAAAAUUGGUCAGACUCGCUAAGCAUGAACUGAAAGAAUAUUUGUAAAUUGUAAUACAGAAGGCUUAUAAAUGAUUACUGUAUAGUAAUCAUUCUUUUAUCAUUUAAUCAUAUUUCUAAUCAUUUCUAUCAUGUGCAAUUAAUGACUCAAACAACACUUCUGCAAUGCCUACUAAAGUUUUCUUGGAAUACUAUAAGCAUGUAAAUUCAAGAUUUAUUCUGGUAGCAUAGUACUGCAUGCAAUUUUUGCUAGGAAAAUUAUUUAAUUUUAGUAUUAAUAACAAGAUUAUUAUUUACAGCAUAUGUACCAGUACCUUAAAAUUUAAAUGAUGACUUUGUCAUGCUAAGAUUCAACGUUCAUGCUGUACCUGUACAGUAAUUGUCAAUCUCACUGUUUAAGGGUACCUGUAUAUAGGCCAAUUUUGUUAAGCAUUUUUAGUAUACAGAACUGUAUUAUAAUACUGUAGUCUGAUUACUUGCUUCCUUGUUUCACUUUCACAUUUUCAUUGUACAGUACUGUGGUAACAUCCAUAUUUUCAAUCUGCUCUUUUUAUAAAUAUGGACAUAGUUAAAGCUAUUAUAAUUUUUUUUCUAUGGCUUACAAUCAUUCCUCCCAGCAUAGUCAACUAACUCCUGCCCAUGGUAACCAGUUUUUGGAAUUGUUAUGGAGAUCCUCUUUCAUGUGCCUUGUUCCUGAAUCACCAACACAAUUUGGUAAUUAAUGUAUAUGUUGUAUAUUUUAUAUAAUUAUUUUUAUACUACUUGUACUGUGUAUAAUUUGCAUUUGGUGCUCUUAAAUAAUUAAUAGCUUUUAUAUUGAAAAUGUUUUCAUAUGUUUGAUGAACUUCAUUAGUCAUUGAAAUGCCAGUAGUACUUGAAUGUCCAAAUUUUUACAGAAUUCUAGUAAGAGAACAAAUAUCAGCCAUCAACAGUUUUCCAAAAGAUACUUUUAAGUUACAGUAAACUAUUGCAUAAAAAACAAUACAUUAACUAUUACAGUGCUUACUGCAAUUAUGACAAACUGGUCAAUAAUCCAUGAUAUUGAGUAAAUUGAUUUGGUAUUAUUCAAAGUACACCGGUAAUAAAGUACAGUAUAAUACAGCCUGAAUUGCCUCUCAUGUCUUGUACACGAAAUAAAAUGAUUCGUCAUUCUUCAGUACAAAACUGUUGCAAACCAAUCUCACUGGAACCAACAGAGGUUGCAGUUAAAACAAUGCACAAAAUUUCCUCGGCAGAAAUUUUGACAUUUAUAAAUUUUUAAAUUUAUUUUUUAUUUAUUUUUAUACUGUAUUCCUUAAUGCAUACGUAAUAAGACAUGUACAGUACUGAAUACUGUAUACAUAUGUACAGUACUCAACUGUAUAAUUUAAAGUAUUUUAACAAUCAUAAUCUUGUACUAUAUAGAGGAAUGGCUCACUGGACUCUAAGACAAUAGCAUCAUUUUCAUGAAGAUAAUUUGUUAUACUACAAACUGAAAUGUGGACAAAAUAUUUUAAAUUAAUUUCCUUAAUAUAUCUUCACAUAACUAAUGUUUUCUAAAUAUAGAAACUGUGACUGUAUUUAUUGAAUAUUUUGUCUAUUUGAAUAAGGUUUUAGGUUUUUCUUUAGUAUUUAAACCAUUACUGUAUUUAAAAUCACGGUAAAAGCUACAUUUUUUGAAAGAAAUAAUUGAAAUGUAUAUACAGAACUGUACAAAAUUAGUAUGUGAUAUUGUGUAUAGUAUUUUCAUAAUACAGCAUUUUAUAUAAUAUUUUUCCUUAAAAAUAAUUAUUCAUGAUGAUGUCAAGUACUAGGUUUUAUUUUGCAAUUUUCAGUUAAAUAAUGCAAGUUUGUAUAUUUAUAAGCUGUAACAAGGAUGUAAAUACUGUAUGCGAUUCUUGUGAAAUCAUACCUGUAGUAGGUAGAUCCAAGUAAAUAAUACUAUAUGUAGAUAUAAGGUAUUUAUAUUAAAUGAACUGUUAUAUACAGUAUCUUGAGGUUAUCUUGAUGAUUUCGGGGCUUAGCGUCCCCGUGGCCUGGUCCUCGACCAGUAUCUUCAAAUUCCAGAGUUUCCACCUUAAGAUUUGCAUUUACAAUACAGUAUAUUUGUUAUUUGCUUGGAUUUGUCCAAUAACCGUCAUCGAGCAAUGUUGGUGAAAUGUUUGAGUAAACACAGUGUACUAUUGCCCACAGACAACACUGCAGCUGUUGUCACUUUAGACAGAUGAUUACCACAUACCGUAAUGUAGUGUAGUGACUUGUGCAAGUACCCGUAUUAAAUGCCAAUGCAGAGUUUGCUAAUACUGUAUUCUAAAAUGGGGAAUGCAUUUUAGUUUAACUGAAGUGCCGUAUAUUUCAAAUAAUAUUCUUUUCCUUAAUCAUCAUGGAUAAAUUUAUUUGAUGUACCAAUAUAUACUAGAUCAAUAUUUAGUGAUAUUUUAUUAAUUUAACAGAACUUUAUUGGAAUUUUGUAUUAUGAGAUUCAGAAAUGUGUGCUGUUUUAGUAUCUCUAUGAUUGUUGCUGAAAAGUUAUAACAUAUCAACUUAUACUGUAAUAUGCAAUAUCUUUAAAUAUAUUGGUAAUUUUGUUAAA